GAGGGUAGCGGUGGCUUUCUUGAUUCUCAAUUCUUGAUCCAUCUCCUCUGCAAGCUCGAGCUGCAAGAAAGAAAUCUUCGUCUCUCUCUUUCUCUCGCAUCCGUUCACCUUUAGCUCAUGAAUUCCCAAACACAUCCCAAUCGAGCUACCUCAAAAUCCAAAACUUUCCUGUUCUACGUGCCCGCAAUCCUAAUCCUCUCGCUGGCCGUCUUAAUCACUCUCCCUGGCUCAAAUUUCUCCAAAACCCAACACCUGAAAACGCUCCUCUCACUAAACCCACGAUCAAUCGUCCAUAAAGUUUCCAACUUUCUCCUCCAGACCCGAAUACCCUACCAAGCCCCGAUCCCCGACUCGGACCCAGCACCUCCGUACUGUGUCCUAUGGAUGGCUCCUUUCCUCUCCGGUGGUGGGUACAGCUCUGAGGCCUGGUCCUACAUUUUGUCCCUCCAGGAGCACAUGAAGAGCCCAAAGUUCAGAUUGGCGAUUGAGCAACAUGGUGAUCUUCAGUCCCUUGAGUUCUGGGAGGGCUUGCCAGAGAAGAUGCAGAGACUGGCCAUCGAGCUUCACCAGACGGAAUGUGCAGUGGGCAACACCAUUGUGGUAUGUCACAGUGAGCCUGGUGCUUGGUACCCACCAUUGUUUCAGACCUUGCCUUGUCCGCCAUCUGGUUAUGGUGAGUACUUGUCUGUGAUUGGGAGGACCAUGUUUGAGUCUGAUAGGGUCAACCCUGAGCAUGCCCAGAGAUGUAAUAGGAUGGAUCAGGUGUGGGUUCCUACUGAUUUCCAUGUGGGUACCUUUGUUGACAGUGGGGUUGAUCCAUCCAAGUUAGUUAAGGUUGUGCAGCCCAUAGAUGUGGAGUUCUUCAAUCAGGCCAAGUAUGAGCCGCUUGAUCUCAGUUCUAUUGGAAAUCUGGUCUUAGGAGAAGAACAGAAGGGUCUUCUUAAUUUGAAUAGAAAGGAAUUUGUGUUCCUGAGUAUCUUUAAGUGGGAGUACAGGAAAGGUUGGGAUGUGUUGUUGAAGGCAUAUUUGAAUGAGUUCUCUAGGAUUGAUGGGGUUUCUCUGUACUUACUGACAAACCCAUAUCACACAGACAGAAACUUUGGCAACAAGAUUGUUGAAUAUGUGAACGCCUCUAAAAUAGAAGAACCAAACAAGGGUUGGCCUCCAAUAUAUGUGAUCGACACCCACAUUGCUCAAGUGGAUUUUCCAAGAACGUAUAAAGCGGCUGAUGCGUUUGUGCUUCCAUCGAGAGGGGAAGGAUGGGGGAGGCCUCUUGCAGAGGCCAUGGCAAUGUCAUUGCCUGUGAUUGCAACAAACUGGUCCGGGCCCACUGAGUACUUGACGGACGAGAAUAGCUACCCUUUGCCUGUUGAGCGAAUGAGCGAAGUGCUGGAAGGGCCAUUCAAGGGGCAUCUAUGGGCCGAACCAUCGGUGAAUAAGCUUAGGAUGCUAAUGAGGCACGUGGUGAGUAAUCCUGCAGAUGGUAAGGCUAAAGGAAGACGAGCCAGGGAAGACAUGAGGCGUAGGUUUGCUCCAGAAAUCGUGGCAGAGAUUGUAGCUGAUCACUUGGAACAUAUACUGGAGAAAAUAGCUUGAGUGUGCUAACAUUUCCCACCGGCAAAGAUAUUGCUUAUAUUCUUGGAUAUUCGAGUUGUGAAACUGGUAGCAUUGUAAGUUUACUUAUUCAGUUGAGUGACUUGAGGCGGCAACUUACAGGAAGCCAAUUUUUCCUUUGUGUUAAUCUUGUGGACGUAAACUGUUGUAAAAUUUGCAUCAUAACAUGAUCAGACGACAGGUGUUGAGGUCGUAUGUAAUUGGUGAAGGCUCACCAGUGCUUAUAUUUUCUGUCUGGACUGUAAGUCCUCUGAUUUAUUAAUGUUGCCAAUGAAAGGCCAGAAAAGAGAGGCCAAAGGUUAGCAUCUGGUGGCGUUUUCCUUUCACUGAGUUCAGUAAUCAUGGCUAGCUUGACAGACGAGAAUAGCUACCCUUUGCCUGUUGAGUGAAUGAGCGAAAUGCUGGAAGGGCCAUUCAAGGGGCAUCUAUUGGCCAAACCUUCGGCGAAUAAGCUUAUGAUGCUAAUGAGGCACAUGGUGAGUAAUCAUGCGGAUGGUAAUGCCAAGGGAAGACAAGCCAGGGAAGACAUGAGGCGUAGGUUUGCUCCAGAAAUCGUGGCGUGGAUGGUUGCUGAUCACUUGGAACACAUACCAGAGAAAACAACUUGAGUGUGCUAACAUUUCAGACCUGCAGAGGAAAGCGGACUGAGAAACUUGAGAGGGCGGCCAUACCUUCCUGGAUCGCAUGUGAACAGAGGACUAAUGAACAUCUCCCCUGGGAAAUAUCAAGGCACUGGUGUCUUUAUCCCCAAACCAACCACUUGGAAGGAAUCGAAUGUUAGAAUGAUCAAAGGUGGGAGAAAUAGGCCAAGCUAUCAAGGCAAUGGAAUGACCGAGAAGGAAAAUUUGCGAAAUCUAGUGCCAGAGGCUCCUCUGAUUUCAACCCAAUUCAUACAUUUGCCUGAUGAUUGGACAUAUUAAAUCUACUGAUGAAGGACUCCAAUGGAUGGACAUAAUAAAAGCAUCAGAUCCAUCUGUUUUUCUGAAUUUCAAUCAUGUAACUGUGCAAGCAUAAUAUCAACUGAAUGUGAGUCAUAAGGUUUUCUGGAACUUGAUAUGUCAAGAACUUCAGCUGAUAAUGCACAAUGUUAAUUGCUUC